AUGUCAAUGUCGAGCCCUGCGGUGAUCUUCCAUCAUGGGCUACGAUGUACCAGAGUUCACAAGAAAUCGGCAGAAGUAACACCGUCGACCACCUCCUUGUCAACCCUGACUUCUUCCCUGACUUCAACGGCAUCUGAUGUAUCGGGUGAGACCUUGGCUCCCACACAGCUAGUUGGGCCUUUAUUCAACAGCUUUGCCACUCCCAGCACAUACGAUAUAAAAGUACCACCACCCACUCUUGGAACAACUGCCUCGCAGACGUCACAAGCAGCGGAUGUUGCACCGGUGAUCGCCACUCCAACGGCGACAACGGCCGCUACAGUCAUUACAGCCAUUCCAAAUAAACCGUCGGUAGCACCCGCCAGUUCAGCACCGGAUGAAGUAAAAAAGGACAUCCGGUCAUCUUCCUAUGAUAGUGUCAAUGAUGCCACCACACUGCCACCCCAUUCAACACCGGACCUCUUCACUCCUUCAAAUAGCCCGACAUUACCUGUGCAUACAAUCAUACCUACGGUCAAUGCCACCACGUCCUUUACAUUGGUCUCAACAACCACUGGAAGCGUCCCUUCCCAGACUUAUUCGCUUCGAGAACCUCCAGCGUCGUCCGAGGACAGCAAUGACGGUGUCUCGCUGCGUACCAUCCUAGGCAGCGUACUGGGUGCAACGGCCUUUCUCGUCCUUGCACUUCUAAUAUGUCUUCUCAUACUCCGCAACCGACGGAAAUCGAAAGGCGGCCAAAGUGUCGGGGGCAGUGAAAAGCCGCUGCACGAAGGCCGCCAAUCACCAGACUCUGCGACUGGCUUAUACCACGACCACCGGUCUAAUGCCUCAAAUGCGUCCGACACUUCUUCAAACUGUUCACUGUACAAUUACAUACCUAAUGCACCACUAAUAUCCAACUACGAUGGCCAUCAUAGUUCUAACCAACAACACCCGAAUCACUACUCCGAUCCUUUCUCAGACUCGGAUGAAAUCUUACCUACAUCACGAGAAAACGCCUACCACAUCAAAAAUACAGUUAGAUACCCGUUCCUCGAUGAUCCUCAGCGUACAGGACGGGCCAGCUACCCUCGUCGGCCCGCGUCCCUCCCUCUAUCCUUCGCCUCCUCGGACAGCCAUCGACGCCCUGGAAUCCCCUUCAUGCGAGACGAAGGAUCCAUGUACGGCAGCGAUCGCAGCCUUGGCAGCACCAUCAUUCUUCCGGGGCGUAGCAGCUCCGGAAGUAGCCUCCGGCGGUUCAGCUACGGUGCUUCGGCAGCCGAACUAGGACUCUGUUCGCCGACAGAGCCAGUGACACGAGCCAGUACCCGCAGCGAUCCCUUCGAUUUAGAGAUCCCUGCUAAGGCAAUGGACCGGUAUAGUACUUCCACCGUCAUCCGGGCUCAGGUAUAA